CGUCAAACCAUCUUCCCCCCAACCUCAGCGCUUUCGCCUUCUCCCCUUCCCGUCCGCUCUCCGAUAACAUCUUAUCGCCCUUGGUUCUCUUCAACGCCCCUGAAUAUUCAUUAUUCUCUCUACCUGAAGUUGCACUCGUGACUGUACCGACUAUGGCAUCCAGAGCCCCAGCAGGCGCCCGACCGGGUGCGAGAUUCGCCCAGUUCAAACUGGUCUUGCUCGGAGAGUCGGCCGUUGGAAAGAGUUCGCUAGUACUACGAUUCGUGAAGGAUCAAUUCGAUGAUUACCGAGAGUCGACGAUCGGCGCUGCCUUCCUAACUCAGACUAUCUCCUUGGACGAAAGCACGACGGUCAAGUUCGAAAUAUGGGAUACCGCCGGUCAGGAGAGAUACAAGUCGCUGGCCCCUAUGUAUUACCGGAAUGCGAACUGCGCAGUUGUCGUUUAUGACAUUACACAAGCUUCGUCGUUGGAUAAAGCCAAGUCGUGGGUGAAGGAACUACAGCGCCAAGCAAACGAGAACAUCGUUAUUGCUCUCGCCGGUAACAAGCUCGAUUUGGUCACUGAGAAUCCCGACAAGAGAGCCAUCCCAACUGCAGACGCCGAGGCUUACGCUCGGGAAGCCGGACUGCUCUUUUUUGAAACUUCGGCCAAGACGUCGUCGAAUGUGCGGGAUCUGUUCACAGCCAUCGCAAAGAAACUGCCCCUUGAUCAAGCCGGACCCCGGAACUUGCGGACAACCCCCCGUCCCGGCGUGGACUUGCGGCCCGAGGCACCCGGUACCCAGGGCGCCGGUGCUUGCAAUUGCUAGAUCCUCUAACUUUAGGCCGAUUCUUGCGACAACCUGUAUCUUCUCUUGCCAUUCUAAUUUAUGCUCUCGUUCCACUUCGUCUCUUCGAUGCAGAAGGUGCAUUUCUUCAACCAGACUGCUGCUUGUUUUUUAAUGGUGUUGUUAUGGUCGUGAAUUAGGCCUCCUGGAUUCGAAGUUCCUUCGCUUGCUUACGAGGUAUCCAAUCCUCGUUACCCUAGGACUCAACUGCUGAUUUUCGGAUUACAUUACCCGCACAAUAUCCGUUGCUCACGAAAACCUCCGAAAGAUCUGUUCAUUGAUUCCUCCAUGUCGGGUGUGGGAAUUCGGAUGCCCUGCAGUGGCCUAAUUGGAUCUGGUUAUCUAGACGUCAUGCAGCAGGAAGAUCCCUGCAACAUGGUCAUUAUCUUUGCUUUGCUCUUAUCUGUUUCUUUUUCCUUUUUUAUUAACCGGCGUCUGUAUCCAUCUUUCUGUUGGGCUGAAUUCAUGUUACAUUUCUCUUGCUUUUUCCUGUCUAGUAUUCCGGAGGCUUCUCCCCGUAUGCUAUGCCUAUAUAAUUUUUUCUUGAACUCCUGGCCCUCAGAAAGUUGUUCCGCUCGCAUCUGAGCGUAGGUAGAUAAGCUUCAUGUAGUUCAAAUGAUGCUUGCGAUCAGCCUUGCAUAGGGUUGAGGCGUUCGGAGGCGGUGCGCGGACACCCGAAACUGAGCCACAGUCGGGCGGUGCAGGAUC